UGGACCUCGCACGCGGCCGACGUGCUAUGUUAGCCUAUCAUAGAGACCUCAAGUGGGCGCGAAGCGGAGGUCCACGGGUUAUCACGAUGGCUAGAGAGGUUGGUGAUGAUGGGCAUGUUUAGUGAGCUGCUGAAGUAUAAAAUCCUCGUGGUGUGAGCGUUCUUGAAUAUCGAGUUUCGAUCAGGCCUCACAGCAUCAUUCACUACCGAGCAUCUCGCUACAUACACAUACACUUCAACACUACCACUGAAGCACGUUUCGAAGUCCAAGCCAGCCAGACACCACAAUGACGUACUACGAUGUCUAUCUUGUCGAAUACCUGGGAGCACCCCGUAACCACCACGGCAUCUUCGUCGAGCAUGUCAAAGAAGGUGGCGGAGUGCUCUUUCACGUCGUUGGAGACAUUCAGAACGGAAUGAGCUACGAAAGCAAAACACUUUCCAAAAGGCCUGAAGAAUCCAUGUCUUUCUCCUCCAGGGCGUACCUUGGUCGAAUUAAAGUUGCGGAUGCUGGACGCUUUGAUGCGGUUUGCCGAAGCAUCGCGCCGCCCGCGAAACAGUUCCACGGCCCCCGCAAGCUUGACCCCAGUGCGCCUCUCAGGCGCUGUCAGGAGUGGACGAGGGAAGUGAUCUCGGCUCUUAGAAGUCAGGGUAUCCUCGUGGCAUAAUGACGGAACUCGCAGUCUGAGUUUAUCAAGCUGGAACUGAAUGUAGAUAAUUUCCUUCACAUGUGGGCGGGCUUGGAGCAUCUUUGUAUAGAGCACCCUCAAAGCCAACCCUUCUCUUUCGAGAAUGAUCCUGGUGCCCCUGGUGGAUAGGAUCCUGCUGGAGGCAACAAGCAAAGGCUGCUGGGGAGGGAUCACUAGUGCAAUCGUUAGGUCGUGUUUCCGUUCUCUGUCUAGGUCGUCGUGGAAUUUGAGUUGCAGGCAACCAAGAUACUUACUUACCUUAUCCAUCGUGAUAUUAUUGAUCGGGCC